UGGGAGUGGGAAUGAUGGAGUAAUAUUUAAAGCCUUCCGACCACCCGGUGCCGCUCAAUAUCACCGCCGUCUCCUUCUCUCCACCGCCGCCACCGCCGCCGCCGCCGCCGCGCUUAACCACAGUAAAAGUCUAAAAUCCUUAGACUCUUACAUCAGUCCAGCAGUUGCCGCCUCCUUCCCCCACCAACGCGGCAACGAUUCGUCGCUCAUUUCUACAAAUAUACGAUCGAACUCUUGUUGCCCUGCUCCAGAAUAAUUAAUCAUGAGUUCCACGUUGUUGCAUUGCGUUUCGAUCACCAAUUUGGCAAGGAAUCUCUCCACUCCACCAAAGCUUAAGAGGAAAAAGUUGUGCGUGACCGCCGCUUCAGCGGCGGAUCCAUCGGAUUACAGGUCGCCUUCUCACUCAAGGAAUCCGCUCUCACUCUUAAUUAACGCUCCUCGAAGCAUUUGGAGAGAAACAUUGAAGCCGUUGAACAACUUUGGAUUCGGUAGGAAAGCCGUACUGGAAGGGGGCGCCGGGCAGUUCGUCGUCUCGGGGAUAGUUUUAUUCGUUCUCAGCUUGGCUUGGUUGAGGACUUUCAACCUGCAAUCGAAGUUCAGAAAGUACUCAGCCGUAUUCGAAUUCGACCACGCCUGUGGCAUUGGCAUCGGAACGCCUGUACGGAUCAGAGGGAUAGGCGUCGGCAGUGUGGUUCGUGUCCAUCCUUCAUUGCGAAGCAUAGAAGCAGUAGCGGAGAUUGAAGAUGAUAGACUUGUAAUUCCUAGGAAUUCAUUGGUUGAAGUGAAUCAAUCGGGGCUUCUUAUGGGAUCAUUCAUUGAUAUUACGCCUGGAAAUCGAAUUCCGAAGCCUACCAAUGGGCCACUUGAUGCAGGGUGUAAGGAAGAAGGGUUAAUUGUAUGUGACAGGGAAAAGAUGCAAGGGCGACGUGGAGUGAGUUUCGAUGAAUUGGUUGGAAUAAUGACUCGUCUUGGGAGAGAAGUCGAAGCCAUUGAUGCUUCUAAGUCCUAUUCUUUGUCAGAUCAUGCUGCUGCUGUUAUUGAGGAAGCAUAUCCAUUGCUUAGAAAGGUCGAAUCCAUGGUCGAUGAUGCAGAACCUCUGCUUGCUGAACUUCGCAACAGGGGCUUAUUAAAAAAAGUCGAGACUUUGACCAAAACCCUUGCAAGAGCUUCUGAUGAUCUAAGUAGAGUACAUUCAUCCAUUUUGGCACCCGAAAACACAGAACUAAUUCAAAACAGCAUCCAUGCUCUCGUUCUUACAUUGAAGAACAUCGAGAACAUUAGUACCGAUAUAUCAGGAUUGACCGGCGACAAAACCUUGAAAGAGAAUUUAAAAUUGCUCAUAAAGUCUCUGAACAGACUACUCAUGUGAUUAACUGAGGUAAAAUUUUCUGCUACUCAACCAACUUCUGUUGCUAUAGAUAAUUACCAGUAUAGACUGUGUCUAAUGAUUAAACUAAGUAUGUGUAAGUGAAAAUAGUUUCUGGUAUAGAAUUUUAUUUUUUCCAAUCUUUAUAAUAUAUGAUUUAAGCAUUUGUGAAUAUAUCCUUUGUUUCCAUACCUCAUAAGCUAAUGGUUAGUUAUUUGCACUUUAUUAAAUUUGUUUGAUAGUCAAA